CAUCACUGCUGGGCACUGACUGGUGGCACUGACUGGCACAACCCCUGGGCACUGACUGGUGGCACUGACUGGCAGCACUGCUGGGCUGCACUGGUGGGUGGCACUGGUGGGCAGCACUGGUGGGUGGGCACAGGUGGGUGGCACUGGUGGGCACAGGUGGGUGGCACAGGUGGGUGGCACUGCUGGGCACAUGUAGGUGGCACUUCUGGGCACAGGCAGGUGGCACUGCAGAGUGGCACAGGUGGGUGCACUGCUGGGCACAGGUGGGUGCACUGCUGGGCACAGGUGGGCGGAACUUGCGGGUGGCACUGCUGGGCACCGAUCAUCAGGGCACUGAUCAUCAGUGCCCUGAUGAUCAGUGCCGAUCCCCGCUCUGACAACUGCCAGUUCUCGGCAGUACUUUCCUCACGAUCUGACAGCGUGAGGAAAGUGCAGCCGAGAACCGGCACUUGC